UUGGUAGACAUGAUUUUAUGACAGUUUUUAACUUUAAGAGAAGUUGCUAGAGGUUAUGUUAAAUAUUUUAAUCAGUUUAUAUUAAUUUUUAGUUAUACUGUGUUAAAAUAAUCCUAAAUAGGUUAUGGCAGAUCCUGAUUUAAAACUUGCUAUUUUACUACAAAAACAAUUUGAUGACGAAUCUCACGUAGAUAAUCAUGAUGAUACACUCUUAGCGACUCAUUUACAAGAAGAAUUUAAUCACGAAUAUAAAUCAGAAACAGGAAUGGGUUUAGCGUAUAAAACUAAUAAAGGAGCUAUAAAACAUGGUGGGAAAUCGCUGGUUGAUCCAUCAUGGGAAUUAGUUGAUCCUACUCCAAACAUACACAAUCUAUUUGUUGUAUUUAAUGAGCGUUUCUUUUGGAACUCCCUUCAAAUGGUUUGUGUUUCAUGGAGCAAAAGAAUGACUUUGUGUGCUGGAGUUUGUUCAUACCAAGGCCGGAGAGGGCUAUGUCACAUCACUUUAAGUGAACCCCUACUGAAAUUAAGACCACGAAAAGAUUUAGUUGAAACUUUAUUACAUGAGAUGAUUCACGCUUAUUUAUUUGUUACUAAUAAUAAUAGAGAUAGAGAUGGACAUGGUCCUGAAUUUCAUAAACAUAUGCAUCGGAUUAAUGGUGAAGCUGGUACAAAUAUUACUGUUUAUCAUGAUUUCCAUGAUGAAGUAGAAUUGUAUAAACAACAUUGGUGGAAGUGUAAUGGACCAUGUCAACAACAAAAACCUUAUUUUGGAGUUGUUAAGAGAGCUAUUAAUAGAGCGCCAGGACCAAAUGAUUUUUGGUGGAGUGAACAUCAAAGUAGAUGUGGUGGAAUUUUUACUAAAAUUCAUGAACCUGAAAAAAAGAAACCACAACAACAAAAAUCAAUUAAUAAAACUUCAUCUAUUCCUAAUUAUGAUAUAACAAAAUAUAUAACAACUACUAGUAUAAAUAGUCCAAUGAAAUCACCAAAAAAAUCAAUUAAACCAAAUAAACCAAUAGUUAGUCCAAAUCGUGAUAUUAGAAGCUUUUUUAUACCAACAAAAUCUAAGGAAAUAAGUAAACCAAUCAAUACAAUUAAAAAUAAAAAUGGAUUUAAUGUUGAAACUGGAGCUGUAUUUAAUAAAGGAAAUAUACAUGGUUUUAAAAAUUUGGGAACAAAUAAUUCAUCAAAAGUUUCAAAAAAUUUAAAUGAUACCAGUUUUAAAGGAAUUGUUGCUGUAAAAUCAAAUAAUUCUAAUACAGUUGUUGUCACUGGUAAACAACCCUCAAAUUUAUCAAAAUCAAAGGAAAAUAUUCUAAAAAAUAAUGUUCAAGUAUUCUCUGGAACGUCAAAAACUCUUUCAUCAACUCCUACAAAAACUUCACAAGAUUGUUAUAACAAAGUUCGAGAUACUUGGGCAAAAAAAUAUGAUAACAAUAAUUUAUUAAGUAAUAAAAGACCGGCUUCAGAAGAUGAAAUAACUUCAAUUCAAAAUAAAAGACAUCAAAAAACUCAAAUUGUAUUAAUUAACGAUGAUAUACCAUCAAAUUUAGUAACUUGUCCAAUUUGUAAUAAAAAAAUAUCAUCAUCAAUAAUCGAAAAACACGUUGAUGAGUGCCUAAUAAAACAAUUUAAAGACGAUGAGCCGGUAGAAAAGCAAGAAACUUGUUGUGUAUGUAACAAAAAAGUGCCUAAAUCUAUCUAUAAAGAACACAUUGUUGAUUGCUUUAAUACAAGCUACGACAACGGUUUAGACGAACUAAUUGAAUGCGUAAUUUGCGAAUCAUUUUUUGAUAAAACCAUGAUUGAAACGCAUACAAUUGACUGUAUUGAAAAGAAUUCUAAAGUAGAUAUCCAACAUACCAAUAAGAAUAAUAAAGUUGAUAAAAAUAAUGAUUUAAUGAAAUGUAACGUCUGUUUGGAAUUGGUUGAAUCAUUAAAGUAUAAUUUGCAUGUAGAAAAAUGUUUGCAUAAAAUGUUGGAUGAUAUUGAAGAUGAAUAUGAUAUUCCUACGACAAAUACGAAAGUGAAUUGUCUCGUUUGUAGAAAAGAAAUUUUUAAAAGCGAUUUAAACGCGCAUUUAGACGAAUGUAUGAGUGGUGUGUUUGACGAAAAAUUCCCAGAUGGAACACCGAAAGAAGUGGAAAAAGAAAAUUUUAAUCCAUCUUCUAGUAAAGAUGACGAUUUUAUGUAUAGUUGCCCUUUUUGCUUGGAUUUGUACUCAGAAUUAGAUAUGAGCGGUCAUUUAGAUGAAUGUGUAAAGAUAGGAAAGGAAAAUAGUCCAGAAAAAUCGAUUCUUAUUGAUUCAUUUUCUAGUGAUGAUUUUUGAUCUUUACUAUUUUAGUUAAAAUAUUUGUUACAAUGAUAUUAAACGGUUUAUUUCUAUUUUCUAAGAAA